UUUGGGUGUGCGGCGUGUGGUUCCUGUUGUGAGCUUCAGCCGGUGUCUGACAGCCUGGCGGGGAACGAACAGAAGGAAAAUGGAAUCGUGUAGCUCAGACAUCAGUGAAAUUUAAAAGCCACACUCACGGUGGAAGCAUGAAGCUCGCCGCGGUGGCUUUUUACGGUUUGGCCGCGGGGCUGCUGGCGGUCGGCCUGCGAGAGUUGCUGACAGGCUUCGAGGAGAACAGAUGCAGUAUGACCUAUAUGUUUGAAUACCCGGAGUAUCGGCGUGUGGCGCUGCCUCGCCGUGUGGCCAGACUGUACCCGGCCUACGGGCUCUACCUGUACGGAGAGGGUGUCUACGCCCAGGAGACCCGAGCACUCAAACUCACCGGCGCCCCUGUGCUUUUCCUGCCUGGAAAUGCCGGAAGUUAUAAACAAGCUCGAUCUCUGGGCUCAGUCGCUUUGAGGAAGGCUGAAACCAUGGAGGGAGGUCUCCACUUCAACGUGUUCACUGUGGACUUCAACGAGGAGCUGGUGGCGCUUUACGGCGGCAGUUUGCUCAGGCAGACGCAUUUCCUGCACGAGAGCAUCAAAGCCAUCCUGAGGCUGUACAAGCACCUGAAGACCCCACCUCAGAGCGUUGUGCUCGUCGGUCACUCCAUGGGAGGAGUGGUGGCCCGGGCACUGUUCACUUUGCCUCGUUUCAACACUAACCUGGUCAGCCUCAUCAUCACCCAGGCCUCCCCUCACCUGGCUCCAGUGCUGGCCCUGGACCCGUACCUGCUGGAUUUCUACUCUGCAGUCAGACAGAAGUGGGUUAACCAGGCAAACAAGCUCAGGAAUGUCACAGUUUUGUCCGUCGGGGGUGGUUAUCGUGACUACCAGGUCCGCUCCGGCCUCACUUCCCUGCCGUGUCCUCCAGGAGACCCGAACAAGCUGUCACUGGUGGUGACUGCAGUUCCCAGGACGUGGGUGUCUACUGAUCAUCUGUCCAUUGUCUGGUGCAAGGAGCUUGUUCUUGCCACUGUCAGGGCGUUCUUUGAUCUUAUCGAUCCUGAAACCAGACAGUUCACAGAAAACUCUGAGAAGAAGUUAGCUGUGCUGAACCAUCAUUUCAUUAAACAUCCUGUGAGGUUGCCUGGAGAAACUCAAGAGACACCAGUCUCCAUUUCAGAUCUUCCUGAUGCAUGGAGUGAAGUUAACACACUUCGUCUGGCUUACAGCACACCAAAGGAAGGACAACCCAAGUUCUUCCUGUUUGCCCUGUCGAGUCGCAGGAAAGCCUACAGCCAUUUCUACUGCCGGAGCAACAACCUGGAGAUGACCAGCUGGGUGUACGGCUGUUUGCAAAAGAAUGGCUCAUCAUGUGUGUUUGCAGCGGAUCUGUCUAAGGGAACUGAGCUUUUGCCUCCCUACAAGGUCCUGACUCUGAGGCUCAGUGACUUGUCGUCUUUUACUCAUCUGUUUGUCUCGGCCUCAAACCUCAAUGGCAAGCAGUUCACGGUGGAGUGUGAGUGGCAAAGAGAAGAAUCUCAGACUCUGUCUGUCGCAGUGCCGCAUGUCCUGUCCUUCGGUUUGACCUCGAGUGAUGUUACGGUUAACUCCUCUGGACUUCUUCACACCAUCGAGCUGCAACACUUUCACCAGGUCUAUCAGGCUUUCAGAAUUAAUGUUGCAAGCCAGUGCAAAGUACAGAAAGACAGAUUGCCGAGCGUGUACAGGAUAAAGGUGCCAUGGUUUCGAGAGGACUCUUUAACCACGGUCAGCGUGCCAUCAGUGACGGAGAUCUCAGGGAUGCUCCACACAAGUCGUCCAGACAACACCUCAGGUGCACUCCUGCAGCUCCACACUGCCCCCAACUGCCAGUAUAAGGUCUCCAUAAGAACUUCGUUACCCAGGGUGCUCGGACAGAUACUGAGGUUCUGUGGUCACAUGGUACCAGUGUACACAGCUGUAACCCUCCUUCUGGCCUGUGGGGGGCAGGUGUCCUCCAUCCUGAAGUCAAGGCGAGCUACAGACAUGAGUCAGAUGGUGGGCAAAGGCCUGCAGCCCCACAAAGUCAACCUGCCUGUGUAUAUUUUGCACAUCGCACUCAGCUGUAGCUGCUUUCAGGAGGUCUGGUCCAUGCUUUUCCUACCCUCUAUGGACACACUCCCUCCAACCUUCCCUGAUGUGGCAUUUCAUGAAGAGGAGACACCAGGUGAAGAAUGGGUUCACCUCCUCUCCCCUCUGCUGUAUAUUUUUGGGGCAGCUGUGGCGUACUGGGGCAGCACUCUACUCAGACUUGUUAUCCGGCUGAUCUCGUUGGUCUUGGCUCCAUUGCACAGGCCGUCUGUCUCCAGAGACUGUGGCACCCUGCGGCUGCGAACCCAGCUCCUCAUCACGCUGUGUCUGACUGUUAUGGGCGGGACUUCCUGUGGGGCGUUGUCGAUAUUUGCCUCGUUCCUGUUUCACCUUUAUAGGGUUCUGAGGCUGCAGAUGACAGAAAGAUAUUUGAGACACAUGUUGAAUCUGGCUCCCCGGAAGCACAAAGAAGCUGAGAAUGGCACAAUCGAUCCCGAAUGCUUGAGCAGGUCUAAAGAAAGCAACGGCACCCCCUUGCUGUCGGAGUGCGCCCUGCAGGAGGUGAGGGAUGACCUGCAGCUCCACCUCUGCCUGUCGGCGCUUUUCACGCUGCCCGUCAUGCUCAGCGGUCCCUCGCUCAUCCACUGGAUCCGUAACCUGAGGUAUUCCACCCAGCUGAAUCCCGACCCUUGCUGGCCAUACAUCGUGCCUCUAAUUUUUGUCUACAUGCUGCUUAUUAACUGUAACACUUUAAAGCUCAGCAACAGUAAACUGCUGCCUCUGACCUCCUGCCUCCCUCUCCACUUGGCCAUCAUCAUGGUGACUUUCUCUCCUCUUCACCUCUACAGAAUCACCUACUUCCUGUUGGCGUCACUCAUCCCGCUGGCCUUGUGCUGUCUCCUCUGACAGCACCGGGCUGGUUUCAGUCUCCAUCUCCACCAUAACAUGCCUCUUCUUAAGUCGCAGCCUGACUCUCUGAGGCUGGUUGAGGACUUUCUGUACCGGGCUGCUAUGGAGCGGAGCCAUAGACAUACAUAGCCUGGUUAACUUCCUGCUCACUGUUAGCACUAAAGGCUCCGUGGUGAUUACACAGGGUGUUUCAAAAAGAGAGGGUGUAAUGGCCUCAGAGCAUUUGGUGCAAAUAUGGCUCUGUUGGAUUGUCCUGAAACCAUGUUUGCCUUACUCUGUAUAUCUAUAGCUCUGCCUUCAGGGAGCGCCAGCUCCACAACCAGUGAAGCUUCUGAUAUGAGAGACUGUGGAAAGGGUGUUACUGUUAUAACAUGAUGUUGUUUCUGGUGUCAACAGUGGCGUUGUUCACUGUGGUCACUGUGCUGUAAACUCUUACACUGCCUACUGCUUAGCAACAACUUACAGCUCUAACUGUUACCUGCUCACUGUCGUAGUACCUCCUCUAAACCAGAGGCAGAGUAUUACAUUUAUUCCGUUAGAGAAAUCCAAAGCAGGCGUGUUUAUGUUCUCACCUAUUUGAUGCACAAUAUUGACGGUGGCUGCAAAAUGAAGGGUUGCACUGAGGAAGGCUUGUGUACAUGUGCAGGUUUGGGGGCGUCUUGUUAUCCAGAGAAAGUCUGAAUCUCCAUGAUCUCUACUACACCUGAUCAAUAAGAAACAUUCUACUUCCUGUUUAUUUGAUUUUAAAAAGUUUAGCUGCAAUUCAGGGAAGGGUACAGCAGGGGGAGCUCAUGAGAUAGUGUAAGAAACUAAACAAACUAAAAGAAUUUUCACCGGAUUUUCAAACAUAUAGCGGAUCGAAACUACUAAAAUAAUAAAUCUGUAAAUCUGUAACUGAAUUAAAAUUAUAUCAGAUGCCUAAAACAAAUAUUCAUUAAUUUAUAACAAAGUAAAUAGAAAUUUCUAUUUUAAUUUCCCAUAUCUUAUUUUUUUUCCAAUUCCCUGUUACCCUUUUAUGUCUGAUGGGGUGUUGCUGUCACACCACGGGGCAAGCGGGCAAUGUGGACACCCAAGUUUGUGAAUACGACAUAUGAUACUGAAACCGAUACCAUAGAUUCGCCUACUGAAAAUCUAGGACAAGUUCGAAAUCUCAGUGAGCUCAAACUCGAGGUCAGAAGUCAACUAUUCUACAUAUCACCUGGGCAUUCAUUAUUAUAUUUUGCUUUAAUUUUGGCAGUUUCAGUGCUCUGUAGAAAAAAUUUAUCCCUGCACGUGUCAGACUGUUUAGGGUUUUUUUUUUGUUUUUGCUUUUUUAAAAAAAAAAAUAUUACAUGCCAUUUUGAGAAGGAAGUGAGCACUUUAAAGGCAUUGCUGUAAAACGUGUUCAGAAAUCUCUAUGUGCCAAACUCGCUGUAAUCCUGUUGAUGGGUUAAAAGUAAGUUAGACCAAAAUGCCAAGGAAUUUGAGAGAUGAAUGCUAAGCAGAAAUAAAUUAGUGUUUUAAGGUGGAACAAAUCAUAAAUAUUUCAUUAUGGGCAUACAAUCACAUGUUCAUUCUAUAUCAGGUGUGGUUGUUGGUGUUUUGAGGUGAAGGCAGUGUGUUGUUUCUGUGUACGUUCUCUGUGAUAUCCGGACCUUGAAUCCUGGGAUUGGAAGUAGAAUUUGCUUUUUGCUGGUGUUGUGUUGAGUUUAGUAUUUAUCUUAUGUUUGAGUGUUGGUUGAAGUUUUUUGUUUUCAUUUCAUAUUUGAAACGUUGAAAAAACAUAACAUAAAAGAACUUUAUUUAUAAGAUUUGGAUUUUAACAAUUUAACAAGGAGAGGAUAGAGUUGUUUUGUUUUUUUGCACUGUCAGCGAAAAAAAUCAAACCAACCCCACGUUAUUUAUCUUGGCACCUCCUGACUUCCAUAUUUUUCUUUGUUUCAGAACAAACCCUUCAGCUUCCUGCUGAGGAUGUAAAUAUUCUAAAACUGCUCACAAAAGUUUGUUAUCAUUAAUGUUGGUGUGAACCAACAUUAAUGAUGGUGCAUUGAUUUGGGACUAUUUUCAGUUGCAGAUUAUUACAAAUUUAAUGCUCUAGUAGAAUACAAUGGAUACGGGUUGAAAAUAUGAAUGAAGUGAGACCUUUUACAAGAAAUAUGACAGAAAUAAGACUUUUGUUUUAAUGAGACGAGAGAGCAUCUGAUAUGUUGAAGCUUUUGAAUGGAAAGAGUCAUAGAGAAAAAAUCUGUUGCCACAAUUACUUCAAACUGUUAUCAUUGCUGAAAACAGUUUUGUGUGUGUGUGUGUGUGUGUGUGUGUGUGUGUGUGUGUGUGUGUGUGCUGUUAUAACAUGUAGGCCUGACUUUUUGUUGCCUUUUUGUUCAAUUUUUGUUGCCAAAUUUACAUUUUUAAGCCAGUUUCACUCACAUUCGUUUGACCUUAAAUCAGUUUAAUCAGUUAAAAUGUUUUUUGUGUGAUAAAUAUGUGGGUGUUGUGCUCCAAGAUUACUUAACAAAAAAAAGGGAAACAUGUUGUCAAACAUUAUUUUGGCUGCUGGCCAAACCAUAUUCAAGUUCGAAAUGGGGUAAUGUGUCUAAAAUUGGCUGUAAUUCCUCAAUAGCUUGGAGAUUACUUUUAUUCAGCCCCUCGAAUUAAAGCAGAGAGAGUCUACUUUAAGCCUGUAGUCACUAUGUCACUCUAACUUGAAUAUGUUUUAUUCAGUAACUAAAAUAAAUCAACUUCAAGCAUAUAAGAAGCUAGCUCUGAGAGUUUGUAUUUCAUGUCAUGCCUUUCUCUCUGGAAAAUUAUGAAGGACCAAAAAUGCUGAAAUAAUAACUUCAUAAACAAAUAAGAUAUGAAAUGCGCUAAAAUUAAUAAGUAAAAAUUAAUGUAAGUAUUACUUAAUUUAUGGCACAUUUUAUAACAUUGAUUUUUUUUUUUUCAUUUUAUUUUUAACUUGUGAUUUAAUCUUCCAUUGUUAUUAGUUUGUAGUUAAGUUAUGCGUUUGGAGGUAGAAAGGAAAAUUAUCUGCAUGACAGUGCCAUCAUUUUUAUGAAGAAAAAAAUCAGUUUUAGCUAAAUAAAGAUGAAAUGAAGAAACACGUUUGUGGAGAUAAAUGGAAGGAAAAAAUUUAAUGGAAAUAAAUAAAUACUAUAUAAUUGAUAUUAUGGGAAACAAUAUGGUGACAAAUAUGUCGCUCUUUUUUUCAUUAAUUGAGUUGUACAACUUUUUACUUUUUUAAUCUUUAUAAUUUGAUCUUUAUUCAUUUCCCUGUUGUACAUGAAUUUUGACAGCUUCAGUCCUCCGUACUAACAGUGUCUUAUUUUAUUUCUGUCUUACAUCCUGCUGCUGCUGCUGUGCCUUUUUGCUUUCUUGUGUAAGCAGCAGUUUGUGUUCAGAUCUCAGCAACUUUGUGCUGGCUGAAGCCCUACAUUGAAUGUAAAGCAUAUUUCACUCCUUUGUGUCCACUCGCAAAGCUCCUCUGUUUUCUUUACAUUUUAUUUAAAAUGUGGGACUCUGUAGUAACUAAAUACUAAAGAUUUAGGGACCAAUCAAGCUCACAGUCAGAAGUCAACACGCUCUGCAGAAACCGCUGUUCCCAAUGUGAAUGUACCUGCACUGAAUGUCUCUGUGUGUUUGAGUUUAUACAGUGGUGUAAGUGUUCAGCUUCCCUCUGCACUUGUGCGUUUUUGGUAUAGUUUUAGUGCUUUGAGAUGCACAUCGUCUGCCUCGCUGUGAAUCGGUGGCAAACACAACUUUGUAGAACAAAUUAGUAGCGAUGAGAGUUAUGUUUUCUAUAAAUAGACUUGUGACUUGUAUCGGUGUUCACUGUGAUCACAUCCUUCCACAUGCACUCUCGCACCAAGUAAUCCACACACACAGACAACUGCUGUUCUGGGGACAUUUUGCUAUUUCAAAUUUGGUGGGUUUUGUGUUUUUUAAAAAUGUGAUGAAGCUCUUGGAAUACAUUCAACAUAAAGUUAAAACAUUUGGAUUGAAAUAAAGCAGGAAAUCAAAUUCUCAUUUUAUUUUGUUCUAUUUUGAAAUGCUGUCACUUGAAACCAGUGUGCCAAACUGAUGCAUUCGCUUUGUAGAGCAUCUGUCAUAUAUAUGAAUGUGCAGCAUGGCUUCAGUUCAGGUAAAAGGACCUUUGCAUAGAAGGGCACGUUAUUCCUCCAAAUCCCUCUGUGGAAGCCUCCAGAAAAAAAACCUCAAUUUGUAUAAAUUGCAUAAAAUAGGCGCAGGAAUUGCUGCCACAAUGUCUCCUAUUAUAGCCAAGAUCGGCAGUUAAAGUGGACCUUUUCUUAUUUCCAACUUCAUAUUUUUUAUUCUUGGACUCCUCUGUAGCAGCUUUGCAUGAUUUACAGUUCAAAGUAGUUCUUCUUUAUCUUACACUGGGCCAGUUUUAACUCCUCUCCCUUUAAGGCCCUCAUUAGCAACAGAUUUGAAAAAGCAGGUAGGUGGUUCUUCUAUGUCCCCAAAUUUGGAUAUACCCUCUUUAUGAUGUCAUACAGUUGCAAACUUAAAAAACAAAACUGUCUGAAACUGAGUGUUCUGAGCAGUCUUAAGAUGGUAUUUUCAGAGAAUGGGGAUUAUCUCUUUAUUUGAAAGUUUCAUCAUGCUUGGUAUGAAAUACAGGAAAGCAGAAUAGAGUUUAUAACAUCCUAAAUGUCAACCUGUUCAAAGUGAUUAUUUUAUUUUUAUUUUUUUAUUUUUUUUAGGCAUGCAAAUUUGUGUGAACAGCUAAAAAUAUGAGCUUUUGUUUGUUUGUUUUCUCAUCCAGCUACUGACACAUUUCUGUCAUAUUUAACAGGAUUACUUUCUUCCAGGGUUCCAGUCAGCAGCUUGACCUCUCCUCUUCCUCUUAUCUGCGUUUUCCUAAUUUCAUUACACUCGGUAAUCUUCCGGCUUCUCCUGCUUUCUGAGCAUCAUUUAUUUUAAUGUUCGGAGUGCUGGUAGCUGCUUACAGGAGCUUGUGCCUGCUGAUGGUUGGGAACGAGUUCAUGAACUUUUGAAAAUGGCAUCACCCCAUCCUUUCAUUAGGUCUCUAAAGAUGCUCAUUGAGGUUUGAAACAUUAGUAAAAGUUAAAUAGAGGUCAAGUCUUUUGCAAGGUGUCGUUUUCAUUGUCCAGAAAGAUUUGUUAUAAUUUCGGUUUCAGACUUCAGUUUGUCUUCUUGCUGAACUGAACCACAGUAAGAGAAGUUUUCACCAGACUACUGCAUCCCACUGCAUCUUUCUUUCUUUUUUUUUAAUGAGCUUGCUUCUCUGGCUCCCAAGGUGACACUCACUCUGAUUGAUCUCUGGAAACAUCCUUUGUGCAGCUGCCAAAACCCGAGCUGCUUUUACCCCUAAAAACAGACUAGAGGCUUCAAGAUGUCGCAGUAAUUUAAAGUCUUAAAAUCAGCCAUUUUACUGGUACUUACUGUAAAUUCAAGUGUUAAAAGUUAUCAGCAUUUGCAGAAACUUUGAUUUUAUCUGUAUUGUGCUGAAGAGAUAUGAAGUGAAGCUGAACUGUGGCCUGGCUGUACUUUCAUGUACGUACCAAAAGAGGGAGCAGCGAGUUAGUGUAACCUUGCAUUUAAUCAAUAAAAAGCACAUUCCUAUUUACAGUGGCAGCCAAGGAAAAGGCUGGUAAACUGCUGCCCCCUGGUGGUGAAAGUUUUAGUCGUAUUUCCCAGAACAAACACAAAAACCUUUAAACGACACACAUCCUUGAUCUCUUUUUUUGCUGUUAAGUGACAGCCAAAGAAACAAUAUCAGAGACAGCUGAUUGUUUUUAUUCAUAAUCAUCUUCUGUACAAACUUGUGAUGUUUAACAGUGUUUACCUGGUGAUAUGAAAUGUUCUUACUGCAGUCUAUAAGUGCUUUACAGUUCAGUGGUUCCACUUGUCUUGCUUCUGCCUACAGUGACUUUAAUACCUGUAACCUCCUGCUAGCUGGUCCUCGUUGUGCAGAACUAGUUAGUCCUCUAACACAUGCUCAUACAUCAGGCAGUUGGAAACGUCUUGUUUUGUUUAUUCACGUUUUCUGAAGAGGCUCUGGCGUGGACGAGUAUUUAAUCCUCAGGUUUCUGUGUCGGUGUGUCAAAAUCAGUCGCUUUGAUGUUUUUAUAUCUCUCACAUUUUUAUCUGAUGUGACUGUAAAUGAGCAAACUGUGCAAUUUUUUUUUGGCACUGUUGUUGUUGGAAUAAAACCACGAAAAUGAC